CUCUGAUACAGCAAUGUGCAUAUAGGUAGUGAAAUGAGGAAGAACAGAAUUACACUGUAAACUAACAUGACAAGCAGGAGGAGAUUUUAAUUGCUUACCUUUAAAAACUGAAUGUCUGAGCGAUGAUGAAUAUGUGGGCCAUUCUUCUGCUGAACUUGGCUUUUUGCUCUGCAUCACCAGUGCCUUUACUAAAUGUAACUGUCAUUGAUAAGGAAUGGAGGGAUAUUCCUGAAAUAAACAAAGGUUUACAUCUUAAAGAGGGAGACAUCAUGGUGCCAAAGGAAAGGAGUACAAUUUUGGGAGAUCAAUACCGCUGGCAAAUCCCUGUCCCCUAUUUGCUGAGUUCUAAUCUGGAUGUAAACUAUAAAGGAGUUAUACUGAGGGCCUUUGAACGGUUCAGCCUGAAAUCAUGUAUUGACUUUAAGCCUAGGACAACAGAAGAUUAUUACAUUUCUGUAGAGAGGCUUGAAGGGUGUUGGUCAUAUGUCGGGCGAAGAUCUUUACGGGGCCAAAAUCUUUCCAUUGGGGAUGGCUGUGGAUCUAUAGCAAUUGUUGAGCACGAGUUUCUCCAUGCACUGGGAUUUCGCCAUGAGCAAUCAAGAUAUGACAGAGAUGAUUAUGUGACAAUCAAUUAUGAAAACAUAAUUGCAGGGAAAGAAAGCAAUUUCGAUAAAUACAGUGAGAAAGUGACAAGCCUCCAAGGUACCCCAUACGACUACAUGUCUGUGAUGCAUUAUGCUAAAAAUGCCUUCAGCAAUGGUAGUGGAUCCACAAUCAUUACAAAGCGUCCUGAGUUUCAAGAUGUGAUUGGUCAGCGUAUAGACAUGAGUGAAUAUGAUGCUAUUGAGCUCAAUAAACUCUACAGUUGUAAUUCGUCCACCUCUUUCCUUGAUCACUGUAGUUUUGAUGACGACUCUCUGUGUCAUAUGAAUGUUUAUUCUUCUACUGAGCCCGGAUGGCAGAGCGUGAGUUCAGUGACAGGCGUCAAUGUGACUGAUCACACCUACUUGGGCAAAGAGGCAAACGGGACCUCUUUCUUCAUGCACUUCAGUCUGGUGGGCAGAAAUGAGGCCGACUCAGCUAGACUGGAGAGCAGAGCAAUGACACCGACAAGAGAUUGUAAAGUUCAAUGCGUCCAGUUUUAUUACUUUCACAGUGGCAAUGUGAACGACCAGCUGAACAUCUGGAUCAGGGAAUACAAGAAUGCAGAUGACAGCACAGGAACUCUGAGACUUAUGGAUCAGAUCACAGGAACCCCUGAUUAUUACUGGCGGCUGCACCACGUGACACUAAAUGCAUAUAAAAACUUUCAAGUCGUAUUUGAAGCCCGUAAAGGAGCUGGAAACUCCAGUGGAGGCUUUUCAUUGGAUGAUAUCAAUAUUUCACAGACAGAGUGCCCUAAAAUAUGGCAGAUAAGGAAUAUUGAGAAGCUAUUGAACACCCGAUUUAAUACCCUCAAUAGUCCACUGUAUUACUCUAGUGAAGGUUAUCGCUAUCAGGUUUUCUUGGACAACUUUCCAUCUUACCUUAAUUUGAGUUUUCGUCUGGUAUCCGGUGAGUUUGAUAAGCAGCUGCAGUGGCCUUGUGCAUGGAGACAAGUGACCUUUCAGAUUCUUGACCAGAAUCCACACAUACAGAAGCGCAUGUCCAUUGAGCAGAGCUUCACCAAUGACCUAUCUUUGACUUCGGUUAACAGGUAUGUGUGGGACAAUCCUCGAAAUAACGGAACUGUAAACACCAUUGGAAAUGAGACUGUAUAUGUGGGUCCUAAUGUACACAAAAAAUUUAAAAAAGCUGACCUCAGUAAAAGAGAUUUCAUCAAGGGUGGUGACAUCAUAGUUCUUAUUAGUAUGCAAGAUAUCUCAGGGCUGCUUCAGAGUAAUUCUGUACCCUGCCCGAAUGUAAAAGUGAAGAACAUCAAUGCUACUCCUUAUGUAAGUGCCAGCCAAGGACCCUGCAUUUCCAGCUCCAGUGUCAGGACUCUUCCAUCCUCUCUGAUCCUCUUACUGGUUUUGUGUCUUUUGCUGCUGAAGUAAUGAGAAAUAACUGCUGUGAGAGUUCUAUGACUUCACACAAAUUCAGAUUUAAAACAGUUCUUCUUUGUUCGCAUAUGUAUACCUAAAUGCAUGAAAAAACUAACAUUUAAUCCAAUGUUCCCUUCAAUGCUUGAUUUUACUGUGCAAUAUCAUAUUCUAAACCUAAACCAUGAGAAAUGAUAUAUUGUUGGAGAGGUCUAAGAUUCCAUAAUAAAUAUUUGACCAGUGUUUUUUUAUAUAAAUUAUGUA